CAUCGCUCAGCAGUUGCGCGUUCACGUGUGGAGCCGGCACAUCUAGUCUACCCCCCCUCGCUACUAUCAGAAUUCUCCAACACUUACUCCACCACCUCCUCCUCCUCCUCCACCAUCGCUGGAAUUGCUUGGAGAGGGAGAGCGUGAGUGAGCGGUGCUGACUCCGACCACAGAGCGCAGAGUCGAUAAAACCCGCUUCCCACAAUGGAGAUAGUCGCCGCUGCUGAUAGUGAUGAGAGAGGACUCACGCUUCUAAGAGUAGUCGGUCAGCUACAGCGUGUUAUAGUGUUCUUGCACUCUUUCGCCUGCGACAGGGGUCAUCUGUGGUCCACGCAAUCGGCCGAGGCGAGACAAGGACCGGUCAUGUCCGACGAACAAAUCACCAAGAAGGACGAUGACGUUUCUCGUUACUUCACGUCUCCUCCGGCUUCUCUGGUUAGAGAAAUCUGCGAGGAGUUAAUUCUCAGCCAAGAGAAUCUGAAGGAGGUGUGCGAUGUUCUGCACGAAGAGCUCAACAAGGGCUUGGGAAAGGACACAAAUCCUGAAGCCACCAUUAAAUGUUUCCCCACCUACGUCAGAGAACUUCCCAAUGGGAAAGAGAAGGGAAGAUUCCUCGCUCUGGAUCUUGGCGGCACCAAUUUCCGAGUUCUGCUCAUUCAACUGGGCGAGAAAUGUUCCAUGGACAGCAGGAUCUACGCUGUUCCCCAGCCGAUUAUGGUUGGACCAGGAGACGGGCUCUUUGACCACAUAGCCGAAUGUUUGGCCAGCUUCAUUAAAGAGCGUGAAUUAGGAGACGAACUUCUCCCAUUAGGCUUCACGUUCAGUUUUCCCUGCAAGCAGGAGGGGCUGACGAAAGCUCGUUUAGCGCGAUGGACCAAAGGAUUCAAGUGCGCCGGUGUGGAGGGCAGGGAUGUUGUCGAGUUGCUCAAGGCAGCCAUUGCAAGAAGAGGGGACUGUAAGAUAAAAGUUAUGGGCGUUCUUAAUGAUGCCACAGGAUGUCUUAUCUCUUGUGCUUUUGCAAAGCAAAAUUGCAGAGCUGGUAUCAUCAUUGGUACUGGAACAAAUGCUUGCUACAUGGAAAAGUUGGAGAAGGUUGAACUGUGGGAUGGUGAUUUGGACGAGCCACAUCAGGAUGACACUCAUGUUGAAGUAAAAGGGGUUAUUAUAAAUACAGAAUGGGGAGCAUUUGGAGAUAAUGGAUGCUUGGAUUUCAUUCGCACAGAAUAUGACAACAAUAUUGACUGUGAAUCAAUAAACCCUGGAAGACAGCUGUAUGAAAAAAUGAUCAGUGGAAUGUACAUGGGUGAAAUUGCAAGACAGGUCAUAAUUCGUCUUGUAGCAGAGGGACUCCUGUUCAAUGGUAACUCAUCUGAAAUCUUAGAAGAAAAGGGAUCGUUCUUCACUAAGUACAUUUCUGAAAUUGAAAGUGAUAAGCCUGGAGACUAUAAUAACUGCAGAGUUAUCUUAGAAGAAUUGGGUUUGAACAGUGCCACUGACACAGAUUGUGCAAAUGUUCGACAUGUUUGUGAAUGCGUUUCAAGAAGAGCUGCAUACCUUGCAGCAGCAGGAGUUGCUGUUCUGCUCAAUCGAAUUGGAGAAGAAAGCGUCACUGUGGCAGUUGAUGGCUCAGUGUACCGUUUCCACCCUCACUUCCACAAUCUCAUGACAGAACAAAUUUCGCAUCUCAUUAAACCCGGAAUGAAGUUUGGCUUAAUGUUGUCCGAAGAUGGAAGUGGCCGAGGAGCUGCUUUGGUUGCUGCUGUUGCCUCAAGAAAUUCAAGAUAGGAUAACCAAGUUUUUUUAACCUAAGAAGUGUGGUACGUAAAUGUAUAGUGGCAGGGACUCGUGUGCAAUUGUCAUUGUAUGUGAAUGAAUAGUGUUAUUGCUUAAUACUGUGCUUUGAUAAUAGAUGUUGUGAAAGUCUUCACAUGCGCCUUUAUUAAGCUAAAGUUUAUUGGUAAACAUGCCAUAUGUUGUCAAAGGCUUUUUGUGCCUGAGUGAUGAAUGCCGAUUUUAAUUGUUAAUACUGUAUUAUUUUUGUAUAUUUUUUUCCUACCUGGGUGUAUUUAUUAAGUGUUCAGGUCCUUAACUUUAUAUAUACCAGGUAUUUAUUACUUAGUUUAUUUUUUAUUUUCACCAGUAAGUUUACAUUUAGAAAUGUAAGCUUAUAGCAUACCUUUUAAGCAGACAUUGAUUGUAGACAUUAUAUAGAAUUGGAGAUAUAUUGCAUACAGAAUACUGCAUUUACUCGUAGUGGCUUCUGCAAUAUAAUUAACAUAUCCCUAAAAACAGUAUGAUAAAUAACAAAUGCUUUAUUGGCAUAACAUUUUUAUCCAGAUAACUUCACCAUCAAAACUGUGAAAACUACUCUACCUUUUGUGCUUUUUACAGCACACAAUUGUGAUUUUUAUGUACCAUAUGCAAAUAUGCUACAGAUUAAGUACUGUACUAAUAUCAUUUCUGCUAGAUUGGCUCUGUAGUGUGUCAGAUUUGUGUAUAUGUAUGCCUAAUACAGUAUCUUAAAAUAUAUAAGGAAUGGACCAUAAAAGCCUACAACAUUUGUAUGUGAUAUUAAAAGAUUAAAAAUCAUUUUGAUUUUCUCAGACUUAGGAAAUGAAUAGCUCCCUUUAGAGUUUACAGAAGCAUCCGAAGUGUUAUAGCAUGGAUAAAAUUGGUGUGAUAUCCACUUUUUUUCUGCUACAAUGAAGUAUUUUAAUGACAGCGAUCUCACACAUCCAGUAAACUAAAAUAUUCAUCAAACCCAAGUGCAGAGAAUAUCAUUAUAUAAGACAGUAAAUUUUGUACAUUUGUAAAGAUUUAAUUUAAUAAUUGGUGUGCUACCCACGACUACUUAAGAAUGGUUAUAGUACUGUAUUAUCAUGGGAUUAUCAGAUAGUACUUCAGUCCAAUUUUUAAAAUUUUGUCACUUGUCCCAUAUUGUACCUUGAAGCAUACUAUUAUGUACUGCAAGUAAAAAAUAUACUUGCAAUAUUCUAUUGGGCAGUAUUUAAAUUGGCAAGGAGUAAGUAUAAUUCUUUUAAGUACACAAUGCUCCUUUCUAGCUACUUAUAGCAAAGAUAAUUUUGUUUGGUAAAGGAAUGCAAAUUUAUCCUUUAUCAUCAUCUGCCUAUGGAUCAUUCAACCAACUAUUAUUCCAUAAAGGAUAAAUUUCCUUUGUUAAAAGUAAAACCCCAACUUUUAGUGUUUUAAGGCAAGGUCUUUACCAGUAGCAUAAAAAGUGGAAUUUUACUUACAAAAUUACCACCUUGCUGGUAGUAGAACUACUGAACAUCAUGGUCACUUAACAAUUUUGAAGAAAGUGAUAUUGACAUGACAUGAUAAAGCCUUAAGAUGUAAAUGCAUGAAAAUGAAGUUUACAGAAUUGAAAAGGUACUGAUUUUACUUCAUUUACAGUGGCCAAUAAUAUUAUAGGUGUUUGAAAUUAAUUGCUGUCAUAUAAAUAAACACAAUGUGUAUACAUUAAAAAUUACAAUACUGUCUGUUAAAUAUAACUAAUGUUACAAACAAAGAAUGGGAUUCAUAGGAGCAAAUUUUUAGGCAUUAGGCUUUAGCCUUUAAAGAGAACUGUUUACAAUAGCAAAAGUAUUUAGUAUUGUAGUUUGCAUUGUUGUUUUGUAAGAAAUAUAAAUCCUUAGCCAUGUUUAAAUUUAUAAGACUGAAUAGCAAACCGAGGGAAAAAGUUUCUAUUGUAUUUGAAUUUUAAUAGUACUGUUAAGUGCAUUAAAGCAAGGGAAUGUUUACUGAUAUGCUCUAUUGUGUCCUUGACCACAGCUGAAUUUAUUGAGGGUCAUGUACCGUAAAUAUGGUGAAUUACAUUACAGUAGUGUUUUUUUUUAAAUGUGCAGGAUUUCUUUGGCUUACUGUUGCAAUGUAAGACUUGAAAUUUUGCAAUGUGCUCAUGCACACAACUCCUGUUAGUCUUUGAUCUCUGAAGAUGUCCAGCUUAAAGUCUUUAAGAGUCAUGAACAUGCAGAAGAUCAUUGCUCAUAUCAGAAAGAAGAAACCAUACUACACUAUCUGAAGUUACAGUAUGUCAGCUGUAAAGUAAUUUCCUUUGAAAACUGUGAUAGUUGUGUAAAUCAUAAUGCAAAGUGCAUUCAAUUGUUUUAAAUAUCUAAAGGGCAUUGUAUAUUGUUUUGGACAUGUAAAUUUCUAGAAACAUCUAAAGAGGACUAUCUAAAAGUACAGUAUUUAUUAGUGGAUUAUGUAUGCAACACAAAUAUAGACAUACACUGAUGUUUAAGAAUGUUGAAAAUCCCACGUUUGGCAGUGCAAUAAUCCCCCAAAAAUAUACAGUGUUACUGUAUUUCUGUCGUUUUUUUUGUGAAUCUCAAAAUUCUAAUAUUUAUUGAAAGCUUCAACUCUUAUCUGUCAUAUAUAGUUCAAUUGUACAGUUAUAAUUUAAGGAAACCUAGUAUGUACUAUACAUUUUAGUAUAAAAAGGUACAGUCACAAAGGAAGUACAAGAGUUACUCUAAUAUUGCUUCAAAGCAGAACAAUUGAGGUAAAACGUUAAAUAAAUUAUUAUUAAGAACCAAAUAUUGUCAAAUUUUUAAGUAGAAAACCGACUGAAACGAAAAAAGAAUUUUUUCUUUCUUUCUACUUGAACCAACAGUGAAACUCUGUUUAACCCUUUGUGGUUAUACCAUUUUAUACAUAAUCGAAUGACAAUUAAAAGUAAACAUAAUUUUUGGAUAAAUAAUGUUCAGAAAACUUCACAGCAAAGUCAGAAUUUAAACAAACCUUUCCCACUUGUAAUGAAAAUUUUCUUUUAAAUCCUUCAUUACCUGUAUUAUCAAGUAACUCCAUUUCAAAAUUCAAUGCAAAUAUUUUCUCUAACUAUUAAUCUGGUAAAAUAUUGAGCUUUAAGUACCGUACAUUAAGUCCAAAUGUAUAUUCAUUCAUAUAGCUUUUAGUUUUUAAAGCUCUGUCAUUUUUACAUAACCUGUACUGUAACGGCACAAUGAAACAAAUUCAUGUAAUUAUGUAAAUACUACCUUGAUAGUGAUCUUAGAUAUUGUAAAAUAACCAAUGGAACUCAUUAUUUUUUGUAGUAAGGAAAUGGGAAUAAAUAUGUAUUAUCUGUA